AAAAAAACCUUAGCUUUUCUCUAUUCUAUUCUAUAUUGUCUAUGAUAACAGUUCUUGUUUGUCUAUUUUUGCUGUGAAGGAACGAAGUUUCGCCAUUUUCUUGUAAUUUUAUCAGAAAAGUCUAAUUUGAGAAAAGCAAAAUGCCUGAGAUGAUCAAAUCGCCCGCCGACAUCAAAACCGCACCUUUCGACCCGCGGUUCCCUAACACAAACCAGACAAGGCACUGUUACCAAAGCUACCUGGACUUCCACCGCUGCCAGAAGGUGCGCGGGGAGUCCUUCGAGCCCUGCCAGUACUUCAAGCGAGCGUUCAAGUCGCUCUGUCCCAACGAAUGGGUGGACAAGUGGGACACCCAGCAGGAACAGGGCAUCUUCCCGGGCAGAAUUUGAAUAUUCCAACUAUAAUUUAUUGCAAAUUUUAUGUUAAUUAGGUCUGUGAGUGAUAUAGGCAAAUAAAUGAGUUGAAUUAACUA